UGGAAUGCAAAUCCCCCAUAAACUCGUUCAUUUCCCUUUCAACAUAUAGACUUUCAUUCGGUUCCACCGCGGUGCCGUCAUUCAACGUUGAAAUCACUUUGAGGCAGUGAAAGGUGAAGAAUGCAUGCAAGGAAGCAUAACCCUGCAAACUGAAACUUGGUGAGUCAUCAAUCUACUACUCCCAUUCAUUACAAAAUGCACCAUUUUCUGAUUUCUCGAUUAGCUUCUAGAACCCCCAACUUGGGUGUUUUUUUCUUCACUUUUCGUUCUUUAUCAGUAUCCAACACAAAUCACCACCAAGGUGGCUCCUUUACAGUAUCAACCCUCAUCAACUCAUGUGGGUUGUCCCCUGAAAUGGUCCUCAAACUCUGCAAAAAGUUGCAAUUGAAAAACCCAGAUGACCCAAAUGCUGUUGUUGAUAUUCUCAGGAACUAUGGGUUCUCUCAGACCCAAUUAUGUAGCCUUGUCAAGAAAAAACCUUCACUGCUUUUUGCAAAACCUGACAAGACCCUUUUGCCAAAACUCAAGUUCUUCAGUUCUAUUGGGUUUUCAACCACUGACAUCCCUAGAAUCCUCGCUGGGAACCCUACAAUUUUACACACAAGCUUGAAGAACAACAUUAUCCCUCGUUAUAAGAUCAUCAGGAGUCUAGUUCGCAGUGAUAAGGAAGUAGUUUCAACUUUGAAAAAUGGGCCACGGUACUUUUGCUGUUAUAGGGUAAUGAGUGAUUCAGUUCCAAACAUAGAGGUUUUGAGACAGCUUGGCCUGCCUCAAGGUUCCAUUUCACUCCUCGUAACCAAUUUUCCUCGUGUAGUAUUCAUGAAGCAUUCGAGAUUUGUUAAGGCUGUCGAGACAGUGAAGGAAAUGGGGUUUGAUCCUUUGAAAUCAAAUUUUGUUUUGGCUCUUCAAGUACUUGCAAAGAUGGAUAAAGCAAUGUGGAAAUUGAAGUUAGAGGUUUAUGAGAGGUGGGGCUUGUCUAAAGAUAUCUGUCUUAUAGCUUUCAAAAAGUAUCCCCAGUAUAUGAUGAUGUCAGAAAACAAGAUUAUGAAAAUAAUGGGCUUCUUGGUGAAGGAUAUGGGUUUUCCCUCAGAAGAAAUUGUGCGAAGUCCUGGGAUUCUUAACCGCAACUUGGAGAAUACAUUGAUCCCUAGAUGUGCAGUUGUUAAAAUUUUGAAGUCAAGGGGUUUGAUAAAGAGAGAUUUGCGCAUAGGUAGCUUUAUAUCAAUUACUGAGAAAACUUUUUUCGAGAGAUAUGUGACCCGAUUUCAGAAAAAAGUGCCACAACUGUUGGAUGCAUACAAAGCCAAUAAUCUGAGAAGAUUUGUUUUAGUGGUUUACCUUCAUAUCGGUUGGUCAAAAAAGAUACUAGAAAUGUUGUUUGCCAUCAAUUAG